AUGUACCCAACCGAUGCCCUCGUUUUGAAGCAUGCGCGGAAACAUUAUCGUAUCCCCGUGCGCUCGCAACAUUGGCAGCUACGGUCUCUCGUUAGCGCCGAGAAGCAGGACAUUGUCUAUUUUCCAGGUGGCAAUGGCAGUAACCAUGUCCAACGACUGAACACGACAACCCGAGAAUGCGAAACCAUCAAACUCCUCACCUUUGCGCCUCGGUGCCUCGUCGCCGAGAAAGGAUGGCUAUGCUGUGGGAGUGAGAGUGGCGACUUCGUGGCAAUUCGACUCGAUGAAGGAGACGAUGAUGGCCAUGGAAUCCUAUCAGAACUCGAUCCAGACACUCGACUUAGCCUAGGACUCGACUCGUCCCGUGAUGACCCUAUACUCUCUCUUCUGAACCGUGCGAGACGGAACAACAAAACCCUGAUCGCGAAAAGUAUGAAGUUAGCCAAGGACCGGGUAAACUGCAUUACACUUUGGUUCCCGCCAACAAGGAUGCCAGCGCACGAUAGGGCGUAUAAAGAGCCUGUGGCGGUAUUGGCCAACAACGACCGUACUGUUACACUGGUGAGCCUUAACGACUUUGAUCAGAAGGAGAAGACAGAGGCAUUGGAUAUCAUCACCUACCCAGACUUCGUGAACCGCGCACUCAUCUCUCCAGACGGCCGGCUUCUGAUCGCCAUUCUCGACGACCCAUAUCUAUAUGUCCAUGAGAGAGUUAGGAGCAUUGCAGAAUCUCCAGCGACGAGGUCAAGUGAAGGUCCUGCAUACCAAUGGGAACAGACACAGAGAAUUCUUCUCAAGAGCCAAAAGAAAGACGACAGAACGGAUAGUCGAGGAAGCUUUGCCGCCUGUUUCUCUGAAUCCGGAGCAUAUCUCGCUGUUGGGACCCAACAUGGCACCAUCUCCAUCUUCAAUGCCGCACUUCUCGCAAAUCCUAAUGCCGACCCCCUUAUUACAACUUUUCCGUCUUCACGGCCACACAGUGGCCCUGGUGCUAUUCGAGAUAUGGCCUUCUGCCCCGGACCAUUCGGAAUGCUUGCGUGGACAGAGGACAGAGGCAAUGUUGGUAUUGCUGAUAUGAGGAGCAAUUUUUAUGUUCGUCAAAUUGUAAACAUCGAAGAACCGGUCUUCGAGCACAUCAACAUCCCGGAUCGAAACACCAUUGAUCCGCGACUUCUGGAUAGCCGCCGCGAGAGAAGAGAUGCCGCACUCGGAUCAGGCGCUGCAGAGACUGGGAGACGUCGAGAUGUGAUCGACACUCUAAAUACUCCUCUGACCUCCAACGAGACACUUGUACUUGAGGCUAUGCAGCUUGGUAGGCGUAGUCGUGAACGAGCUGCUCAAAGAGUGGCGGCGGCAGCGGCGGCGGAUGAGAGGGCUACAGGUGGUCCGACUAACUUCUGGGCGGCCAGGUCAGCCCGUCGAACUAUUGGCAACGAUGACAACGAGCGGCCCAUGGGUCGGAGGAGCAGUAGUAUCGGUCGUGCCAUGGGAGAGCUGCUGGGCAGUAAUUACAACAGACGUCCAGUGACAAGAACUCCACGUGAAGCCUCCGACACCCCGGAAAUUGGAAGAAGGCCAGAUCGGUUGAUGGAGAGUCUCGGUGAAACAGUGGCCAUGCUUCGGGAACAGCGUCAGCGCCAAGAUUCAUCCUACCUCACCGUGCUUGAGAUUCUCCAGGCACGAGAGCGAAACAACGACCCCGACCCCGACGAUACAACCAUCAUAGUGCCACUUAUCAACCAGGUGGUGAAUCGAUGGGAGGAUGACCACGGUGUCUUCGAAGUCCCGCCUUCGCCGGACAAUACUGCCGGGUUGGCGUGGAGCGAAGAUGGUCGUACACUCUUUGUUGGUGCACAGAACGGUAUUUACGAGCUCCACGUGGACACUCAGAGUAGGAAGUUCUUCCCGAGCGUUUCGAUGAGGUAA